UGCAAAAGGUUUGCCUCCGUCUGAUGAGUCACGUCCAAAUGAUGAAAGUCUAAGUCUUUGAAGUGCUUCUAUUCAAACCGGAAAAUAUAUAAAGGUAGCAAUCAUUUACGAAGCAGGCUGACUGAGAAAUUUUUCUUCAUUUUACACACAUUUGUUUGACUCUAUGCAAACAUCAAACUAAGAAUGGCAAAAAUGAGUCUCUCCUCCUACAUAUUAAUACUAACUUUUUCUCUGUUUUCUCAAGGCUUUUUCCUUUCAGCAUCCAAGUCCAUAAGAAAUGUAGAAGACGACAUGGUAUUUAAUACAUUUAGACUGGGAAAAGCCUUUCAGAAGGAAGAUACUGUAGCAAGAUCAGCCGCUGCUCCUGCCCUGGAACAAUAUAAAACUGAUGAAAGCGGUUUCACGAAUGAGGAGGAAAACAAAAAUGCAAAGAAUGCAGGCUCCAAACAUAAUUUCUUAAAUCAUGGUCUGCCACUGAAUCUGGCUAUAAAACCCUAUCUUGCACUAAAAGGAUCUGUAGCUUUUCCCGCUGAGAAUGGAGUUCAGAAUACUGAGUCAACACAAGAAAAGAGAGAAAUUGGGGAUGAAGAAAACUCAGCUAAAUUUCCUAUAGGAAGGAGAGAUUUUGACAUGCUCAGGUGCAUGCUGGGAAGAGUCUACCGGCCUUGUUGGCAAGUCUGACACCUGUUGGUCCGCAUCAUCUUUUCAGAAGAAAACAAAAUCAUUUAAUUGCCUGUGCAGGAAAA